AAGGGCUUGAAAAUUUGGAUGUAACCAAACAAUUCGAAUGGCUACCGUAGGUCCCGGAUACGAUUCCAAAUUGUUGCUUCAAACUUCCAAAGAUCACAUCAGAGCUUUUGAUUUUURAUUUCUUCAUGUUCUGCUCACGUCUUUUCCCUGCAUAUCUGUUGCGAAUUACAUCACGAAACUGCCUUAACGGAUACAGAAGUUUUCGAAUGGGAAUUUUUCCUACUGAUAUUGUACAGAAUUGAUGCUAAGAAAACUUGUUUCCGAAAAAAAAUAAGGAAGAGAGACAAGCAAUCGCUUCACAAUCCAAGUCCUCAUUAGUCUCACAAUUUAUUUGCCGAGCAAUCCAAAAAGCAAAAAUCCAAAGCCUAAACACAACGAUUAUAUCGUAAUUUUUUCGACCAACCCAAACGAAUUUUUGAUACAACCAUGUCCGAAGCUGAAGUUGACACCGGAGCUCCCGUAAGUACAAWAAAUGUUCCAAUACUGAUUCACUGACACACUCUACAUGGUUCAAGCUUAUUCAUUCCUCAUCUCUCACCCAUUAUCGCAACAAUUAUUUACGUUCUUGCAGCAAGAGUGGAAGAAAUACUCUGAGUACUUCGUCGAAGUCGAUCCAGACCAAGACGACAAAGCCAAGGAAAUCAAACUUUGUUCCAUUGCUCGACCUCAUAUGAGAGCAUUCCACUGCUCCUGGUGGGGAUUUUUCAUUGCCUUCUUCAUCUGGUUCGCCAUCGCCCCUCUUCUUUCGGAAAUCAGAGACGACCUCGGAUUGACGAAGCAAGAGAUUUGGACUUCUUCGAUUGUCGGUGUCGCUGGAACCAUCUUCAUGCGAUUCAUCCUUGGUCCUGCUUGUGAUAAGUACGGUGCCCGCAUCCCUAUGGUUGCUGUAUUGUGUUUCGCAUCCAUCCCUACUGCCCUCACCGGAACUGUCAAGACCGCGACUGGACUUGCCAUUCUUCGUCUUUUCAUCGGCUCUGCUGGAGGUACUUUCGUCAUGUGCCAAUACUGGUCUUCUCGUAUGUUCUGCAAGGAAGUUGUCGGUACCGCCAACGCUCUCUGUGGAGGAUGGGGUAACCUUGGAGGUGGUGUAACCCAACUCGUCAUGGGAUCGGCUCUUUUCCCUCUUUUCAAGUACUUCUUCGACGGAGAUGCAUCGAAGGCAUGGAAGUGGGUCAGCAUCGUUCCCGCCGUUGUUGCCUUCGGAACCGGUGUUAUGAUCUAUUAUGUUUCCGAUGAUGCCCCCAAGGGAAACUACAGCGAAUUGAAGAAGCAUGGACAAAUGGCCGAUGUUUCGGCUGCUGCUUCGUUCCGUCAAGGUGCAGUCAACUUCAACACUUGGAUUCUUUUCAUCCAAUACGCAUGCUGCUUCGGCGUUGAAUUGACAAUGAACAACGCUGCCGCUCUUUACUUCAAGGACAAGUUCGGGCUCUCYACUGAAUCCGCCGCCGCCAUUGCUUCUAUCUUUGGAUUCAUGAACUUGUUUGCACGUGGACUCGGAGGAUUCAUGUCCGACAAGGGUAAUCAGUACUUGGGAAUGAGAGGACGUAUUGCAUCACAAACCAUCUGUUUGAUCAUCGAGGGAGUUCUUGUUUUGGUCUUUGCCCAAACCAACUCUCUUGGAGCCGCUAUUGCUGUUAUGGUAUUCUUCUCUCUCUUUGUCCAAGCCGCCGAAGGUACUUCGUACGGUAUUGUCCCUUAUGUCGACCCACCUUCUACCGGAGCCAUUUCUGGUAUUGUUGGAGCUGGAGGAAACACGGGAGCCGUCUGCUUCGGACUUGGCUUCCGCAACUUGGCAUACAAGAAAGCCUUCAUGAUYAUGGGAUUCACCAUCUUGGGAUCMWCURUCUUGUCUCUUGGCAUCAUUAUCAAGGGACACUCUGGACUUGUGUGCGGAAAGGAUGCACCCAAGGAAGAAGCCCCAACCGAAACUCUUGCCGUCCCCGUCAAGGAGAACGAGGCAACCGACGAUGUCAACGCYGAAGAGUAAACAAAUGGAAACGAGCCGCCGAGCCUGUUCAAUUUUGUGCUAAUSUAUAUACAGCCAYCGUUCGUUAUCACAAWCCAAUUUCAGUACGGUGCAWGAUUGUUUCUCCAACGCCCGCCCGCACCCAAAUUUUGCUGAGCUAGUACUUCUACUCAUUUUACAUUUAUGUCAAUUUUAUCAAUCAAUAGUGAAACCUUUAUUUACCAAUAAAAUCUGCCAUAUCUU